CAAGUUGACGCGUGGAACUUGCUACGCUAAAUAGCAGAACGUCGUGAUUUCUGCACUGUACACUGUACAGGUCAUCUGUCGCAUCAGUUUCAGCACUAAGCAGCAGGUAUUGUAGCUACUGAGAACCAAGCUACGAGGUCAGAUCUUUAAAAGCGACAUGCGGGUAGAUUUAGAUGCCUUUGCUAAUAUAAGAACCACCUGGCGAUAUAGUUACGAAGUCAGAAAGAGCUGUAAAUAUUUUUACUGACAUUAUAAUAAAUAGCUUGCGAUACUUCGAAACCCGGAAACGUAGGACAUGGAGUGGGGCAAUGACUCCGCAGUUCGAAGAAGUUUGAGGCAGUUUAGAGACAAAUACUUUAUAAAUUCGAGAAACGCGGCAAGUAAAAACGCAGAGGGUGAGGAUGAAGACGCUUCCUUUGGACUUCUGGAAAGUUUACCGGCGGAUAUACAGUUUCACAUUAUGACGUUCCUGUCUCCCGAAGACCUUUGCCGGCUGGGCGGCACCUGUCGGUACUGGAGGUCAGUGGUUCGGGACCCUUUGCUCUGGCGGUAUUUUCUGUUCCGGGAUAUGAUUCUCUGGCCGUCCAUCGAUCACACCUCCAUGCCUCACCUGGGGGCACUGGACACGCCCCUGCACGAGGAUCGCGACCAGGACUUCAUGGCAGAGUAUCUUAGGAGCUGUCCCGCCUGUAGGCGGCGAUGGCGACCGCCUAGGCCAGCGUACGGCGCAGUGGCAUCUUUUCUGCAGUCUCUGCUGCUGUCUGCCGAGCCCCGCUUCGCCAUGUUCGGACCGGGUCUGGAGCAGCUGGAGGUCUCGCUGAUGACGAAGCUGAUGCAUUCCCCGCACGUGCUGCCUGUUGCCGGGAUACCGCAACGGCAGAUUGACGGCGUGGGGUCUGGAAUCAGUUUCAUGUUCAAUAAUCAGCACAGAUUCAACAUUCUGACACUGUACUCAACCAACAGGUCGGAGCGGGAGAGAGCACGUGUGAAUCAGCAGAGCCUCCGCAGUAAACUAUUCGUCCAGCAGGAAGAUGGACAGGCAGAUGGCCCCGCCUACAGCAUCGUCCCCCAGAUCCAGGAAGUCUGUCGAGCUGUGGACGGCUUCAUCUAUGUGGCUAACGCCGAAAUCCAGAGAGGUGCGAGGCGAGAAGAGGAGGAGUCUCAGCUCCAGGCCAUGCUGGACUCAGCGUGGGGGCCCUCCUCCCGGCCACUCCUGGUUCUUUCCUGCGUGUCCAGGGAGGAGCCCGGCAGUACCGGAACCCGAACCCCCUGCGUGGUGCUGGCCCGUCAGCUGAACCUGCAGAACCUGCAGAACCCCUGGAUGGUCCAGGACAUUGUGGCGGAAUCAUUAAUGGGGGUUCUGGAUGGAGUCGGCUGGCUGUUGGGAGGCUGUGGGGUGCGGUUGUGACCACAGUAACAGUGACUGGAA